AUGCAAUUCUUGACCUACAGCGCCUUUUUUGCCAGCAUGUCGGCUCUUUCUGCGUUCGCGGCUCCAGCUUCUUCUCCCGCCGCCGCCAUCGUUCCCAAGCAAUCGUGUUGGACGGGCGGAAUACACAGCGCCUGCAACGGGGCUACAACUGGAUGCACGACCGAUGGAAUCUUGUGGUCCUUGGUCAUGCCACUACGACGCGGCGUGCAAUGCGUCCUGUUGAGCGCGAGAAAGUUAACAAACAGUCCAGCAAUGUGCAACGACAAAGUUGUUUCUAUGGAACAGAAGGCUCGUCUCAUAUUUGGUGGAAAGUCUUGUGACUACUCAUGUGCAUGA